AAGAAACAGUAAGAAAUGGAUGAUUCUCCAGUAAACAUGUCCCAGGGACUGUUGACAUUCAGGGAUGUGACUGUGGACAUCUCCCAGGAGGAAUGGCAAUGCCUAGACUCUGCUCAGAGGACUUUGUGCAUUGAUGUGAUGUUGGAGAAUUACAACAACCUGGUCUUUGUGGAGAAGUAUUACAUAUGUGAUCCUGCCCAUCACCAUGUGAAGACUGAAAAGGAGUCUUGUCAGUGUGAUGCACUUGAAAAAGUGCUUCAUGACCCCUCCACAUGUGCACUUCAUAGAACAAGUGAAUCUACAGAAAACUCUAAUGACUACACAUGCAGUAGUCACAGGGAUGUCUCUGUUGACUCAUCAAACCCAGACAGACAUGAAAGCAUGCACACUGGAGAAGAACCUUGUCAAUCUAAAGAUUGUGAGAAAUCUUUAAAUUUGUGUUCUUGUAUUACUCAAGAUCAGAGAGUCUACACUGCAGAGAAAGAGCACAGGCAGGGAGAACAUGAUGAUUCUUUGAGCUCUGCAUACAGUCUUUUACAACAACCAAUCGAUAUUGGAGACAAGCGACACCAUUGUCUGACAUGCGGGAAAUACUUCAAGACUGCUGCAUACCUCAGAGAACAUGAGAGAAUACAUACUGGAAUUAAACCUUUCAAAUGCAAUGUUUGUGAAAAAUCUUUUACCCAGCGUUCAAGUCUUAAAAUACAUCAAAGACUUCAUACUGGGGAGAAACCUUACAAGUGCAAAGAGUGUGGAAAGUCAUUUCGUCAGUUGUCAGGUAUUAAUAGCCAUCAGAAAAGGCAUACCAGAGAGAAACCAUACAAAUGUAAGGAAUGUGACAAAUCCUUUGCCUAUUUGUCCACUGUCAAGAAACAUCAGAAAAUGCAUACUGCUGGGAGACACUAUAGAUGUCAAGAAUGUGGCAAGGUCUUCCUUCGGCUUUCACACUUUAAAGGCCAUUACAGGCUCCAUAUUGUAGAAAAGCUUUACAAGUGCAAUGAGUGUGACAGAUCCUUUCCCCGCUAUUCAUCAUUGAGUAGGCACAGGAAAACUCAUUCUCUAGAGAAGUUUCAUAAAUGCCAAGAAUGUGGUAAAUCUUUUCUUAAAUUAUCACUUCUUAAAAGGCAUUACAGGAUCCAUACUGGUGAAAAGCCUUACAGAUGUGAGGUAUGUGACAAAUCCUUUAUAUGCAACUCAAGUCUUAGAAGACAUCAGAAGCUUCAUACUGGGGAGAAACCUUACAAAUGUGAGAUAUGUAACAAAUCCUUUACCUGGAAAUUAUACCUUAGAAGACAUCAGAGUGUUCACACUGGAGAGAAACUUUACAGAUGUAAGAAAUGUGACAAAUUCUUUACUAGCCGCUCAUAUCUUAGAACACAUCAGAAAAUUCAUACUGGAGGGAAACUUCACAAAUGCCAAGUCUGUGACAUAACCUUUACUCAUAAGGCAAAACUGAGAAGGCAUCAGAGAAUUCAUACUGGAGAGAGACCUUACACUUGUAAGGAAUGUGACAAAUCCUUUCUUAGUUGCUCACAUCUUAGAAGACAUCAGAGAGUUCAUACUGGAGAGAGACCUUACACUUGUAAGGAAUGUGAUAAGUCUUUUACUAGGUGUGAUUAUCUUAGAAGACAUCAGAGAGUUCAUACUGGACAGAGACCUUACAGUUGUGAGGAAUGUGACAAAUCUUUCACUAGGUGUGAACAUCUUAGGACACAUCAGAAAAUUCAUACUGGAGAGAAAACAUCCAAACGCAAAGACUGACAUGUCCUAUAUUCAUAUUACAAGGCUUAGAAGACAUCAGAAAACUCAUACCAGAGGGAAAAAUACCAUUGUAAACAAUGUGGUAUAACAUAUAUGUUCUCUGCUUGCAAAUCACAACAGUAUAUAUAAUAGAAAUGUAAAGAUAAAGUUGUGAAAGACUUUAAUGAAGUUUAACUUUUAGAAACUAUCACAGGGUUUAUGCCAGAAUAAAAUUCGUGUCCUUUGGUAAGAA